AUGGCAAGUAAGCAACAAAGAUGUAACCAUUGUGGAAUACUAUUAUUUAUUCCACUAGAAGUCCAAGUCUUUAAGUGUUCAAUGUGCAAUGGCAUCACACAUGUUCAAUCCCCAGGCCCAAUCAAUCAAGCCUACAACUCUCUUAGUCAUAUUGCAGGUCUUUUUAGAGGCUUCAUGAAUAAUAUAACAACUAGUUCAGCAAUUAACAGCAAUUCAGGUAACUAUGGAACAAAUAAUUUCGGGUAUUAUCUUCAGCCUCGGCCACAAAGGCCUUUGAAUCCUCCUUCUCCUUACGGUUCAAAAAGGGCAGUUUUGUGUGGAAUCUGCUACCAUGGGAGAAGUUACAGGCUUAAGGGCUCCAUCAAUGAUGUGAAGUGUAUGAAAUAUUUUCUGAUUAAGGAGUUUGGGUUUCCAAGUGACUCCAUUCUCAUGCUCACAGAUCUCUUCAUUCUAGAUAUGAACAUUGAGAACUUACCUGUAGAUGAUAAGGAGGAGAGGAAUCCACUGAAAAUCCCAACAAAACAUAACAUUCAAAUGGCUUUAAGGUGGCUGAUUGAGGGUAGCAAAUCAGGUGAUUCACUGGUGUUCCAUUACUCAGGACAUGGCACACAGGAAGUGAGCAUGAAUGAGAUUGACCAUAGCUAUAGGUAUAAUAAUGCAAUUAGUCCUGUUGAUCAUGAGCUCGAGGGGAAGAUACUGAAUGAUGAGAUUAAUGCAACAAUUGUUAAGCCACUACCAUUUGGUGCUAAACUUCAUGCCAUUAUUGAUGCAUGUCACAGUGGGAAUGUUCUUGAUUUAUCAUUUGUGUGCAAGAUGAACAGGGAAGGGUAUUAUACAUGGGAGAAUCAUACAAGUUCAAGAAAUUAUAAAGACACAAAAGGAGGGGUAGCAAUUUGUAUUUCAGCUUGUGAAGAUGGUCAAGUCUCUGUAGAUACCUCUGCCUUAAGUGGCAAAGAAGUUACAGGUGCAUUGACUUAUAGUUUCAUACAAACAGUGCAAAAUGAACCUGGGUUGACUUAUGGUCACUUGCUUAGUACCAUGCGUUCUACCAUUUAUGGGACUAAAUCAGGCAUAGUUACUCUAAAUGGACCAAUUGCUUCACUUUUAAAUAGACUACUUGGCCUACGCAUCACACAGGAGGCACAAUUAUCAUCCUCCGAGUUGUUUGACAUGUAUAAGAAGCAGUUUAUCCUAUGA